CGUGACUCCCGCGGCCCGGCGGGGCUGGCCUGGCGGGGAGCGUCGCCGCGGAGCCCCAGCCGCGCGGGCACUGGCCGUCGGGGUCCCGGGACGGCGGGCCCCCGCCGAGCGCCCAUGCCAUGGAGAAGCUGGCGGCCGGGCUGGCGGGGCUGCGCUGGAGCAUGGGCGCUUUCCCGCUCGACCUCAUCGUCAGCCGCUGCCGCCUGCCCACGCUCGCCUGCCUCGGGCCAGGAGAGUAUGCGGAGGGUGUCAGUGAGCGCGAUAUCCUGCUGAUCCACUCUUGCCGCCAGUGGACGACAGUGACAGCCCACACCCUGGAGGAGGGCCACUAUGUCAUUGGGCCCAAGAUUGACAUCCCUCUGCAGUACCCAGCCUGUGUGCCCUGUGCAGGCAAAUUCAAGCUCCUGGAGCAGGCUCGGGAUGUGCGGGAGCCCGUGAGAUACUUCAGCAGCGUGGAGGAGGUGGCCAGUGUCUUUCCUGACCGAAUCUUUGUGAUGGAAGCCAUCACCUUCAGUGUCAAGGUGGUGUCGGGCGAGUUCAGCGAGGACAGCGAGGUGUACAACUUCACGCUGCACGCGGGCGACGAGCUCACGCUCAUGGGCCAGGCCGAGAUUCUGUGCGCCAAGACCACCAAGGAGCGCUCGCGCUUCACCACGCUCCUGCGCAAGCUGGGCCGCGCGGGGGCCCUGGCGGGAAUGGGCGGCCCCGGGAGCGUGGGGACCGCGGCGGGCGGCAGCGGGGCCGCCAGGCCGGUCAAAGGCAAGAUGCCCUGCCUCAUCUGCAUGAACCACCGCACCAACGAGAGCCUGAGCCUGCCCUUCCAGUGCCAGGGCCGCUUCAGCACGCGCAGCCCGCUGGAGCUGCAGAUGCAGGAGGGCGAGCACACGGUGCGCGCCAUCAUCGAGCGCGUGCGGCUGCCGGUGAACGUGCUCGUGCCCAGCCGGCCGCCACGCAACCCCUACGACCUGCACCCGGUGCGGGAGGGCCACUGCUACAAGCUGGUCAGCAUCAUCUCCAAGACGGUGGUGCUAGGGCUGGCACUGCGCCGCGAGGGCCCGGCGCCGCUGCACUUCCUGCUGCUCACCGACACGCCGCGCUUCGCCCUGCCGCAGGGCCUGCUGGCCGGGGACCCGCGCGUCGAGCGCCUGGUGCGCGACAGCGCCUCCUACUGCCGCGAGCGCUUCGACCCUGACGAGUACUCCACCGCCGUGCGCGAGGCGCCCGCCGAGUUGGCCGACGACUGCGCCAGCCCGCGCCGCGCGCGCCUCUGCCUGCCCGCGCCGCGCGCCCUCGCGCCCGGCCGCGCGCCCGGCCCGGCGGCUCGCCUGGGGCCGGCCCUGCCCGCGCUGGGCGACGGCGACCAGGAGUACGUGAGCCCGGACUGGGCGGGCGCGUCCGAGCCCGCGGCCCCGUGCGCCGAGAUCCCCUAUGAGGAGCUGUGGCUGCACCAGGCCCCCGACGGCCACCCCGACGCCCGCGCGCGGCCGCUCCCGGGCCCGGACCUCAUCUCCUUCGGGACCGUGGGCCCCCCACGUCAUGAGCCGGAGGCGCCGCCGCCUCCUGUGCCCCCCAAGUCCGAGGCGGUGAAGGAAGAGUGCCGCCUGCUUCACGCCCCUCCCGUGCCUCCGCGGGGUGGUGGCAGCUGCAGCAGGCUCGGGGGCAGCCCCCCAGUGCCGCCCCGCUUCCCCAAGCUGCAGUCUGUCCCCUCGCCCAGCUCCAGUCUCUCCUACUAUUCCUCUGGCCUGCAGGACGGGGCAGGAUCCCGAAGUGGCAGCGGCUCCCCAUCACCGGAUGCUUACUCCCUCUAUUGCUACCCGUGCACCUGGGGAGACUGCAAAGCCAUGGAAUCCUCUCCCCGCCCACCCCCGGGACCCUUGCCUUCUACCACCACCCAGCCCAGUCAGGCCUCCAGAGCCCUAGCAGAGCCCCUGAGCGGUCGAACCACCUCCCUCCUGGGGACCGACACCCCAGUGGUUAAGAAUUACCAUAGCUGCCCGCCUCUGUUCAAGCCCCCCCAGCCCCAGAAGCGCUUUGCUCCCUUUGGUGCCCUUAACCCCUUCUCUGGGCCUGCCCACCCUUCAGGUGCUCCAGCGACCUCGUCCUCCGGGUCCACGUCCACCUCGGGUGCCCUGGCUACCUCCAGCCCCACUCACUCCCCAAGCUCAGGCCCACAGGGCCAGGGUUACUCAGCUGCUCUGUCUACUUCCUUGUCAUCCUCUGAGUGGCAGGAGCCAGCGCUGGAGCCCCUGGACCCAUUUGAGCUGGGGCAGGCCAGUCCUCCUGAGCCGGAGCUGCUGCGCUGUCAGGAGCCCAGAGCUGCGGGGGCGCCUGGGUCUGGACCCUGCCUUUCACCGUUUGGUCCUCCCAAGGCCUUUGAGCCCGAAGGUUUGGUGCUGAGGCAGGUUCCUGCCUCAUUGUCACCAGCUGCCUUGCAGGGGCCUGAGGCAGGAGGAACCCUGCUCUUUCUCACCCAAGGGUGCCUGGAAGGGCCUCCUGGCAGUCCCCGGGAGGGAGCCACGGGUGCUGGUGUCCGGGAUGCCGCCUCCUGGCAGCCACCAGCAGACUUGUCUGCACUCUCCCUGGAAGAGGUGUCUCGUAGUCUGCGCUUCAUUGGGCUCUCGGAGGACGUGGUGAGCUUCUUUGCCCGAGAACGCAUUGACGGAAGCAUCUUUGUGCAGCUCAGUGAAGACAUCUUGGCCGAUGACUUUCAUCUCACCAAGCUUCAGGUCAAGAAGAUCAUGCAGUUCAUCAAAGGCUGGAGACCCAAGAUCUGAACUGUCCUGCCAGCUGCUGCCCAGCCUGAACUUGGGUGUGGAGGCCCUUGGGGUUAACGUGGGUCUGCCAGAAACACAGCACUCCCAAACGCGGGUCCUUCCUGCAGAGAAAAUCUGGGCCAAGAUAGAGGCUGCUCUGUUGCACUGAGUGUUCCAGGGAGACACUGGGAACUGUGGCCCCUUGGGGCCCGCCCUGCCCUGUCUUUGCCCUUGUGAAGAAUACUUGCCCUGGUGAGGCUUUUGCUGCCAUUCCCACAGCAGGGUAAAGGUGGUGCGUGCGUGUUUGCGCGUGUGUGCGAGUGUGUGUGUGUGUGUGUGUGUGUGUGUGUGUGGCUUUGUGCUGAUUGGGUGCCUUUCUCUAGCCCUGCAGCCUUUCAUAGACACUGCACACUUCUCAGCCCUGUAUGUUCAGGUUAGACGCAAGGGAGGAUAGCUCAUAAUUUAAGCACAGUUUCCCCAAAGUGGCCUCUUCUUUCACACUCUGUGGGCUUUGCAGCUGCUCCAGAGUGAGGGGUCUGACUUCUGUGAGGUACCCCUUACCCUGGUGAGCAAUGUCCAGCACUGAGUCCCUGUUGUGACGUCAUCACAAACAGACAUCCUGCCGUGUUUUUCCACAGGGCGGCCUGAGGACCUGGUCCCUGGGGGAUAGUAGCUAGCUGUAAGUCAGCUGGUUUUUAAAACAAGUAGUGGUCAGCUGCCCCCACCCACCAGUCUCCUGCUGUCAGCCUUGGCUCUGCUGGACCCUUGGUGUCCUCGUGUGCGACACUGGUACAGGACAGUGUAGUUGGUAAAGGGAGGCAGGUGGCUCAGGAAGGCUCCUUGCUCCUGAGCUCAGCCCUGUGCUUAUCAACGUGGUUUGGAGCAGAUCUUUGUGGCCUUCAGCCUCAAGUAUGAUCUGUUUGACAGCCUGGCUAAUGUAAAGCCCCACCCCCAAUCUUCCCCAGCACAGCUAACAGGAACCACACUCCUUGUGUCUUCUGGUGUUGGGGUCCCAGAGGUAGCAGUUUUCCUGUCUGCCUUCCCUGGCCUCCCUAGAUAUUUAUUUUUCAUGUUUCCCUUAUGAAUAGUUAAGCCCUGCACAGACCUGUGCCAGUCAGACGGGAACAUGGAAACUGAUGCCGUGCUGCUUUCUUCUCGGUUGUUUAAUGAGUCCUCAAGGACCAGGGGAAUAAAGGCUAGACCACAGUAGUGGAAGUGUAGGA